CUUCAACACAUCCGCUCCAUUGAUACCUACCGCUGCCAUACACGGACCUCAGCAGCACCGCACCGCCGCACCACGCGAUACGACGCCAUCUCCAGACAAGUAUUCGCCACUCACCACGCCAAUCGCUCAUCGCUCGUCCGACUGCUUCCGACGCGAUACUGCAUCAACGCAGUUUCCCGCAUCAACUCUAUCCGUCCCGUCGGUCCUUGUGCGACAUUUGGGGCGUUGGGUGAUAACCACCUAGCCCCCUUUCACUCAGCCAACACGGCUCCUCCGCGAGAAGCAGACUUCCGCGACAUGGCCAUGGAUGCGUUGAAAAAUCUCUCGACAAACGUGCCUGACUGGCUCAAGCGCCUCGACAACCUCAGCGGCCAGAUCGACCGUCGUCAAGCCGAGCUGGCCGCUGUCGCCGCUGCCGAGGGCAAGAAUGCAGAGACCAAAUCCAUUCGGAACAAGGGAUCGACUGAGUCCCUCAAACCCAAGGAUGACCCUCCUGUAGUUCACGCCGAACCCCCCGCUGGAGAUGCCAUUCUCGAAGACCCUACCACGGAGCAGCCCUCAGAAACUCACGCAGAGCCUCCGAAGCACACACCGAGCCCCGAAUCCAUCCAGCAGCAGCAAGAAGUUAUCAAGGCAGCGCGUGCCCGAGCACGAGCCCAGGUCAAGAAGAAGCCCAAGUCACCAUCCAUGAUGUCGAACGAGGAUGCCCCCCAAGCAUAUAGAACACGCAGCUUGAUCAUUGUCUUUUAUGAUAGCUAUGUACAAGGAUUCUUUGACGAGCUUGUGAGGUUUGUCUCGUCAAGCCGCAACCUGAUGCGCAAGGCUAAGAUGGCCGCCCGAGUUGCCCAGAUCAAGAAGCUCGCCGAGCAGGAUGUGUCAGAGGAUGGAAGCAAUGGCGAGGACGAGCUCCCCUCAUUGCGAUAUAUGAGCAGCAGACGAUUCGGUCCCAUGUCAAUAUCCCGAAACGGUCCCAACAAUGGACCACCCGAUGUAUACGACAACCUGGAUAAGGGCCUCGAAUUUGUGCAAAGCAUGUGCGAGCAUGGUGCCCACCAAUUCCUCCGCGACGGAGACUGCAAUGACGAGAUCUCUAAGGUCCAGAAGCGACUCACCGAGGUUCUAGAGAUGGCCAAUAAGGAGAUGGAGCGUGUGCAACGUGAGGAGCCUGAGCUAGCAAAGGAGACGGGUGAGAUGGGCAAGGUUCGCACGAGAAGGCCCAUCAGUAUGCGCCGGGAUAUGAGCGUUGGCCUCAAGGAAGGCAGCCCGACACCUACCAAGGAGGAGAACAAGCUGGAGCCCGCCAAGGAGGAGCCAUGCAAGAUAGAAGCUGCCGAGCCAGCCCAAAUGGAUCUUUCAGCGCCGCUAGCAGUGGAUCCAGAUAUCAUGGAGGCCGACGAGGGUAUCGACAUGGAGAUCCCCAAGCUACAAUAUCGAUCAACCCGGGCGAUGCGGAACCGUGGACCAUAG